AUGGUUGCUACUCAACGAUCGGACGAUGAAGCUGCCACUAAGAGCUAUGGGAUCACGAAGCCUCUCUCUGUUGCUGGUCCUUCGAAGGCUGAUCUUAAGCGUAAUUUAGAGCUGGAAAAGUUUCUGGUUGAUGAGGGGCUCUAUGAGAGCGAGGAUGAAACUAUGCGGAGAGAGGAAGUUCUGGGACGCAUUGAUCAGAUUGUAAAACACUGGGUGAAACAGUUAACUCGUCAGAGGGGAUAUACAGAUCAGAUGGUGGAGGAUGCAAACGCUGUCAUAUUCACUUUUGGAUCUUAUCGCCUUGGAGUACACGGGCCUGGGGCUGAUAUAGAUACUUUGUGUGUUGGUCCAUCCUAUGUUAACCGAGAGGAGGAUUUCUUCACCAUCUUGCGUGAUAUAUUGGCUGAGAUGGAAGAAGUGACAGAGAUUCAACCUGUUACUGAUGCCCAUGUGCCAGUCAUGAAGUUUAAGUUCCAAGGAAUAUCGAUUGAUCUUCUGUAUGCUAGCAUAUCACUUCUAGUUGUGCCACAGGAUCUGGAUAUCUCCAACACUUCUGUGCUGUGUGAUGUGGAUGAACAAACUGUCCGCAGUCUUAAUGGCUGUAGGGUUGCUGAUCAAAUUCUUAAACUCGUUCCCAAUUCCGAGCACUUCCGGACAACUUUAAGAUGCCUGAAGUACUGGGCUAAGAAGCGUGGUGUCUAUUCAAAUGUUACUGGAUUUCUUGGUGGUGUAAAUUGGGCACUUCUGGUUGCACGCCUGUGCCAGCUUUAUCCGAAUGCUAUUCCUAGUAUGUUGGUCUCUCGAUUUUUUAGAGUAUAUACACAAUGGCGCUGGCCGAAUCCAGUCAUGCUUUGUGCUAUAGAAGAGGAUGAGCUUGGAAUUCCCGUCUGGGAUCCACGAAAAAAUCCCCGUGACCGCUUUCAUCUUAUGCCAAUAAUAACUCCUGCAUACCCGUGCAUGAAUUCUAGUUACAAUGUCUCUCAAAGCACACUCCGUGUUAUGACAGAGCAAUUCCAGUUCGGUAACAAAAUCUGUCAGGAGAUUGAGUUAAACAAACAACACUGGAGAUCCUUAUUUGAGCAAUAUAUGUUCUUCGAGGCGUAUAAAAACUACCUUCAGGUUGAUGUACUAGCCGUAGAUGCAGAAGAUUUACUGGCUUGGAAGGGUUGGGUGGAGUCACGGUUCAGGCAGCUUACCUUGAAGAUAGAACGAGACACAAAUGGGAUGUUAAUGUGCCAUCCGCAACCAAAUGAGUAUGUGGACACUUCCAAGCAGUUUCUGCAUUGUGCCUUUUUCAUGGGCUUGCAGAGGGCAGAAGGAGUUGGUGGCCAAGAAUGUCAACAGUUUGAUAUACGUGGAACAGUGGAUGAGUUCAGGCACGAGGUAAACAUGUAUAUGUUUUGGAGGCCUGGGAUGGAUGUGUUUGUUUCUCAUGUUCGUAGACGGCAGCUUCCACUGUUUGUUUUCCCAAAUGGAUACAAAAGGCCUCGGCCAUCCAGGAACCAGAAUCAACAAUGCGGAGAACCUGGUGAGCCUGUUGGUUCUUUGUCCGCCAAUGGUGAGAGACAUGCAAAGAGAAAGAACGACAAUGAAAUGAUGGAUACCAGGCCAGAGAAACCUGAGAAGCGUGCAUCUCUUAGUCCACAUAUUCUAGCUGGAGUUUCUCCUGACAGUAGUGCUAUAACUUGUGGUGGGACUCCUCCGAUUGGCAUUGUGUCAGGUCCUAGAGCCGAAUGCUUAGUAGAUGGUCAUCUUGUUUACAAUGACAAAACUCUUCCAAAUGCAGAAGUCGAGGCGGAAAAAAAUUUCAGGAAAAUCUCAGAACCCAGGAAAUUUUCUCAGUAUGAGCAUAUCUCUGGUAACGAGCAAAUCCUGGAAGUAGACAGUAGGGCUCUGGUUCAAGGUUGUCAUGGACUAGCUGAGUCUGUAGGAAAGGAUGUGAGACCUGAUCCUAGUGUUGUGGUAGCAUGUGAAGGUGGGCAGAAUGAAGAUAUAGGUCGUGAUAUGGGCUCUGAAUCCAUCAAUGACGCUGACACGCAACAUCUUCCAAGCCAACUAAAUCUGAAAGAGGAUGUUUAUGAAGUUGAGAGGGAAUCCAGGUCGGGAGAAAUCACUGAUGACGUUUUGCGGGAUGGAUACUGUGGGCGGAAUCUUGAUCAUGAGGGUUUUUUGACUGCUGCAAAUGUGGAUUCAGCUGUGGAACCUAAAAACAUGCAUUCAGAUGUAUUGUUCAAAAGUGGUUUGUCAGAAGAACUUCAGUCAAAUCAUUUGCUCAGCGGUAUGGGGAGGCCAGAAGAGGGAGCUAGCAGCAGCAGGUUGAGCUUGAAGUCGAUAGUGUGA